UGUUUCGCCGUCGCAUCUCUUCUUCAAGCCCUCUGCUCCUCGCAAAGCAUGACAGAAUCGUCUACACCUCCACCAGAGAGCAAAAACGGAGAUCAUCAACCACCUUCACUGCCCAACUCACCACUGGCCAAGCGCGUGAAAACCGACCCCAUCUCCACCUCCGAUAUGGCAUCAACAUCCCCCGCUGUGCCCAAAAUCACAUCCACAUCCCACCCUCCUCUACUGGUCAAGAAGCUCUCCGCAGACGCGACGACGCCAACUCGAGGCUCAGCCUUCGCCGCCGGCUACGACUUGUACGCAGCCAAACCCAUCACCAUCCCUUCACGAGGCAAGGCACUGGUCUCAACAGACCUAUCAAUCGCUACACCAGAAGGAACGUACGGCCGCAUUGCACCGAGAUCGGGUCUAGCAGCGAAGAAUUUCAUCGAUACCGGUGCGGGGGUGAUUGAUGCAGAUUACCGUGGCGAGGUCAAAGUGCUGCUGUUCAACCACAGCGAGGAGGAUUUCGAGGUGAAGAAGGGAGACCGCGUUGCACAAUUGGUUUUGGAGCGGAUAUACACUCCUGACAUUGUCGAGGUGGACGAUCUGGAGGAAAGCGUCAGAGGAGCUGGAGGUUUUGGGAGUACAGGAAACUAGAUGGCUUCCCAAGGAAAAGCAUUUCGGUUCGUGUCGGGUCGAUCUCUCUUGUAAGAGGACCACGGAUGGCACUGGUUGAAAUAGACUUGAUGAUGAAUAGAUGAACAAUGGAUGCCCGGUUCUCAAUGAGGUUAAUGUCCUCAGCACUCGAAGAAGCGGCCUUUCCAUGUCGGCUCU